CGCCCUGCAGGUGCCCGCGGGCCGCGGGGGCGCGCGCCGGCGCGGAGCGCGCAGCAAAAGUUUUCAGCGCCGCCUCAGUUGGCGGCGCCUCGCAGGGCAGAGGACGGACGGGCGCCGGCGCCCGGGGGCGGCCGCGGAGCCGGCUCCCGACGCGCCCUCCCGCCGCCCUCUGCGAUGAAGAGGAAACAGAAGCGGGUCCUGCAGAUGACUUUGUUUUUCACGGUGGCCUUGAUCUUCCUGCCCAACAUCGGCCUGUGGGCUCUGUACAGGGAUAAGCACCUGGCGAGGGCUGCGCAGCCCGCGGAGCCCCAGACCUUUCCGCUGGGCCUGGGAGAUGGGCAGUUCUAUGCAUGGACAGAUGCUUUGAGAAGAAAGGACUGGCAUGACUAUGAGAGCAUUCAGAAAGAGGCUAUGCGCUCAGGAAAAGGGGAACAGGGGAGGCCGUACCCGCUCACAGAGGAGGACCACGGGGACUCAGCCUACAGAGAAAAUGGCUUCAACAUUUUCGUCAGCAACAGUAUUGCACUCGAGAGGUCCCUGCCGGAUAUCCGCCACGCCAAUUGUAAGCACAAGAUGUACCUGGAGAGGUUGCCGAACACCAGCAUCAUUAUCCCGUUUCAUAACGAAGGCUGGACGUCACUUCUGCGCACCAUACACAGUAUAAUCAACAGGACCCCAGAGAGCCUUAUAGCAGAGAUCAUUCUCGUAGAUGACUUCAGUGACAGAGAACACUUGAAGGAUAAGUUGGAAGAAUAUAUGGCCCGGUUUUCCAAAGUGAGGAUUGUUCGCACCAAGAAGAGGGAGGGGCUCAUCCGGACCCGACUCUUGGGAGCGUCGAUGGCCAGAGGGGAAGUGCUCACCUUCCUGGACUCCCACUGCGAGGUCAACGUGAACUGGCUGCCCCCCCUCCUCAACCAAAUUGCACUAAACCACAAAACCAUCGCGUGCCCCAUGAUCGAUGUCAUCGACCACGAUCACUUCGGGUACGCGGCGCAGGCCGGGGACGCCAUGCGAGGCGCCUUCGACUGGGAGAUGUACUACAAGAGAAUUCCCAUUCCUCCAGAGCUCCAGAGGGCGGACCCCAGCGACCCUUUUGAGUCUCCUGUUAUGGCUGGAGGUCUCUUUGCUGUUGAUCGAAAAUGGUUUUGGGAGUUGGGUGGCUAUGAUCCAGGUUUAGAAAUCUGGGGAGGAGAACAAUAUGAAAUCUCUUUUAAGGUUUGGAUGUGUGGAGGAGAAAUGUUUGACGUUCCAUGUUCUAGAGUUGGACAUAUCUACAGGAAAUACGUCCCUUAUAAAGUUCCAUCUGGGACCAGCCUGGCAAGAAACCUGAAGCGCGUGGCCGAGACCUGGAUGGACGAGUUCGCAGAGCACAUCUACCGGCGGCGCCCCGAGUACAGGCACCUGGCCACGGGGGACAUCUCGGCCCAGAAGGAGCUGCGCAGGCAGCGCAGGUGCAAGGACUUCAAGUGGUUCAUGGCCGCGGUGGCCUGGGACCUGCCCAAGUACUACCCUCCCGUGGAGCCCCCGCCCGCCGCCUGGGGGGAGAUUCGAAAUGUGGCAGCAAAUCUCUGUGUGGACAGCAAGCACGGAGCCACGGGAACCGAACUGAGGCUGGACAUCUGUGUCAAGGACGGUUCCGAAAGGACAUGGUCCCAUGAGCAGCUCUUCACCCUGGGCUGGAGAGACGACAUCCGGCCUGGCGAGCCCCUGCACUCCCGGAAAUUCUGCUUUGACGCCAUCUCACACAGCAGCCCGGUCACUCUCUACGACUGCCAUGGCAUGAAGGGCAACCAGCUCUGGGGGUACCGCCAGGACAGGACGUUAUUCCAUCCUGUGAGCAACAGCUGCAUGGACUGCAGCCCCGCAGAAAAGAAGAUCUUCAUGGCCAGAUGCGACCCUCUGUCCGAGACUCAGCAGUGGAUUUUUGAACAUAUAAAUACGACUGUUUUAGAAAAAUGUAACCACUCUGCCAGCUCCUAGGAAGAAAAGAGGAAGAAAGGACGAGCAAUUGCCCACAGAUCAUGAAACCAGACUUGGAGCCGGCACCUGGGUCCGAGGAGUCAGGAGUGACAUUUCCCGGGUCCGGGACGCCCGCUCUAAGGAUCUGUGAACGCCCUGUCAGAGCAGGUCGUCCUGAAGAGCUUCCUGCGUCGGAAGGACUUGGCAAAGGACCUCACCAGCUGCCAUCUGAGAACUUGAGACUAGCCGUGCCCUUGCUGGCCAAGGGCAAAGAUUAUUUAGGGACUUUUCAAAACAACUUCUGAGUUGGUAAAUCCUAGCAUUUCUCAGGUCAAAUCCUGCAGUAGUGAGUAGCUAUGAAUGGAUCCUGCUAACUGGGUGGGAGGGGGACAGAGAUGGAGGGCAGUCUGCCCUGGCAGCCUGAGGCUACACUUGCGCUUGGGUGGGGGGCACUCUGGUGCUGGUCUUCUCCGAAUAAAAGGAGACUUAAAGAGGGGUUAAGCAGGUUUAACCCUUCCAAGUGCUGCAGACGAUUAGAGUGUGCUCACGCAUCCUGUGGUCCUGUUCUCUCUUACACAAGAGUGUGCCAUCUAAUGUAAGACUUAACUCACCUGAUGAGGAGGACUUCCAAUGUUCCCAUCCGUGCAUUUCAUUUCCACGUGCCAUUUUCCCUUUAGAGCAGAGGUAACUCACUGUUCAGAGAAGUUCAUGCUCCACAGAUCAGCUCAAGUCCUGAUUCAGAGCCCUUGUAUGAAUCCAGUUUAAAACAAAAACAUAAAACUAUACUAUUAAGUUACUCCAAAGAGAAAGAUUUCACCGAGGCAGUGAAACCAUGUAAGAUGUAGGAAAGGUAUUUCCCCAGAUCUAUUUUUACUUUUCUUAUAUUUUUAAAACUUUAAAAGUGUGGCAUUUGCCCAGUCAUAAUUUUUAUGAAGGAAGGAAAUCGAGUGAGGUUGAUGUAAUUUGUGUAGGAGAUUCUUAAAUCCAAAUAAAUCUACACUCCAAGUGACAUGUGAAAAUGGCUUGGUUCAAUCCAAUUCUGUUUGAUCAGUGCUGGGGACACAGAACUGGUUUUGUUUCCUUUUGGGUUUUUUUUAGUUUUAUAUUGUUGAUAUUAAUGAAGUUUUUGUUUUCCUUGGAAGCGCAUAGAAGGAAUUUCCAUUAAUAAAGUGCUUCUGACACCA